AUGACCAGCUACCAGGGCCAUCCGGCCAAAUCGCGGGGGACGAUAGUAAAACCGAUACUGAGGAAAUUGACCCAGAGCGAAAGGAACUCGCUGGACCUGGAUCGGUCUGCGGCAGAGCAAAAUGGACUCGGUAUUGAGUACGGGUAUGGGUAUGGAAGUGGAAGUGGAAUGGGAAUGGGAAUGGGAAUGGGAAUGGGAAGUGUGCUUGGGACUGGCAAUGGCAAUGGGUCUGGGCCUCGCUCCUCCCAUGACGUCCAGCUCAGACGAGGCUACCACCACCGCUCGACCAGUGGAACCUCCCAAUUCUCUACUGCCACCACAGGCAGUGGCCAUCGUGCUGGCUCUUUUGUGCAUCCGUUCCAGCAAACUCCUCGUCCCUAUACUCCGCCCAUCGCGGCCUCAGCAUCUUAUCAGAACUCUCUGCGCGAAAGUGAACUCGACCACAGCCCUGCCCUGACUGAAGAUGAAGACCACCCUCGGGAACAGACGCAGAUACGAUCACCAAAUAAGAGCCAGAGUCAUAUUCACCCCUUCCGCUCACCUUCCAACCUCUCAAACCACACCUCCACGCCAUCCAUAACAGGCGUCUCGACUUCCUCCCCCAAUAUCUCUCAAUCACAAAAACCACACGCUCUCCGAGUCCUCACCAGCAAGCAAGGAAGCUCUUCUCGACUUGCCCUCGCAACUUCACAUACAUCCCUCCAUAACACCACUCUCUCCUCAGACAUCGCCUCUCCCACGGAAACCAUGUCUCCCGUCUCCGCUAUUCGAGGUUCCCUGGACAAGGGUUUCCGCAUUCGAUCUCGCUCAGAGGUAGACACCCGUCUCCAAGCCGAGACCAUCCAAGAAGCCCGCCGCAAGUUCCAGGAGAAAGAGCAAGCCAAAGAAGAGAAAGCCGCACGUGAAGAAAUCCGAGCUCUCGAGAAGCGCCAACAGAAAGAAGCCCGUCAGAUCGAGCGCGGCCACCGUCGUUCCUCAGCAAGCAAUGAAACUCGCUCCAAGCGCUCCAAGUCCGAUCUCACUAUGCAGGAGAAAGACGGCUUUGUAGGCAGGGACUACAACUCUGUUCCCCAACAGCAGACUCCUACGUUUAUGAGUGUGGGCGAGGAGCAGUUUUCCCAGCCACGACGGUCAGGCACUGCGAAGCUCAAGACUCAUUCUGCGUGGACUAAGUUCGUCAUGUGGAUCCGCACACGGUUCAUUCGCAUGAGCAAGAAGAAGAACUGAGCUGUCUAGCAUACCUACAUAGGAUUGGAUUCUGGUCAUGUGCGCAGCAUUCUACGCGUCCAGUCCAGCUCUCUUUACCAACCUCAUACCUUCCGCCUUUCACCACUCUUCACAUACUCCUCUACACUCCCCAGCAAUACGUUCUCACAUAUUCACGUUCUUCAUGAUCUGGCGUUACGGUUUCCCUUACAUACCACGGCCGCGUGUCCUCACACUUCACUUCUCACAUACACUGGAUGCAUGGAAGGAGUCUGUGGAGCGGUGGAGCUUGGUUCAACAGCACAUCUUAUCGACAAAUAAUCACUCACCACAGAACGAAAAGCACAGCGCAGCACAGUACUGCACAUACAGCGUCCACAUAGGAUUCGGUUCGACUUGGUUUCUUUCUCAUACCCCAGUUUGGGUUCACGGUUUCUGGUUUCGGUUUCGGUUUCGGUUUCGGUUUCCCUUCCUUCCUCCGGUUUUUCUUCAACUUUUCAGCACAACAUCAGCGUGGAGUUUGGGGGGUUUUUUUUUGUUUCAUGCAAGCGUGCAAGCAAGAAAGCGAAAUCUUUGUCUUUUUCUUUCUGCCCGUUAUUUUCUUCUCAAACGACCGGGCGACCUGGGGGAUGUACAGAUUGUAUUUACGUUCCGGUGGCUAGCUAGCUAGAUGAGCAAAGCCACCUUUCAGGCGGUAAACACCGGCAGUCUACCUCUUUUUCUUUUCAGGUUUUGUAGGCGGAGGGCGGGAAUUUGAUGUCAAGUCGGCUGGCUUGGUGUAUGCAGGUUUUGUGGUUUGAGGUGUGGUUCUUUGACGAUGAUGGUUUGGAUUUCCUUUGCAGGGCAGAGAAGGGGUGGGUUUGCUUGGUGGCUGCUUUACGCUGCUGAUGCAAAUACAGAUACAGAUCGAGGAAUUGGAUGGGAUGGAAUGGAGGGUAUGGAUGGGAGGAGAUGAGGCAGAUUGCGUUGUCUAUGCCCCAAGGGAAGGGAAGGGAAGUGACGGGACGAGAUGAUAUCAGCGUUUUAGUUAGGUAGAGCAAGAAAUGAAUGGCUCCCUUUGAUACUUAAACCUUGCUUUUAUACUAACUAAGUUAGCUACAUAUGACUUAGAUGUUGUGAAUAUCAGAAUAUGCGAAGACGUGAUCUCUCCGCUCAUUCCCCUUCCACUUCCCGCCACUUUACCAUCUGGUUUCCUAUUCAAGCUUCACGUUCAUGUCAGCCACGCCACUCCACACGUUCAGAAAACCGAUUUCUCACACCAACUGUUCCUUUUCACUCCAGUCCAACAAUCUCUCAGAUGAAUCUUUCUUUCCCCCUUUCCUUCUUUUCCUCACUCAAUUAUCCAUCUAGCCUCUUUCUCUCUCUCUUUCCCUGCCUGACUAUCAAAUCUACCCAGAUAGACGAUGGUACUCAACCAGGUACCGACAUAUAGAAAUGACAGCGCAUGACUUUGCUGUUGUGACUGGAAGAGGUUAGGUGAAGAGGAGGAGGGGGAGGGAAGUGGUAAUUAUUUAAAUAGAUACGUAUGAUGAUGCAUCAGAAUGUUUCAUUUCCAUUCAGACUGAUGGUCAAGUCAAACAGUCAGCUAAUGAGAGUCAAGUCAACGCCGCUCUCUCCUCGUAGUAAUAAUGACUCUUAACGAAUGGUUUCCCAAUCAAUUGAGGCUUUUACGGCUCUCUAGAUAGAUAGAGGAAACUUCGGCUCUUCUGGAGAGAAAAGGAAGGCAAGGCAAGAUUCAAAUCUCUAAUAGCAACACUCCCGACGCGGUGCCAAAUCCACGUAACGGCAGCACGAAAGAGUAGAACUGCACAACAAGACAAG